AUGCCACCAAAGAGGAAGAGAGAAGCCGCCGAGAGCGCCGCAAAGUCAAAGGCACUGAAAAGCACAAAGGAAGCAGUUGCCUCAACCCCAAAGCAGCCGGCUACCAAGGAAAAUGCGAUCCGCAAGAGCAAGGAAGCUGCAGCCAACGGGAAGAUGGACGUGAGUAUGAGCAAACUUCAAAUCGAUUCCACAACAGAAGUCGAAGAUGCCGUUCCUGAUGUCACGACUGUUCAAGUUAUAACUGGCUCCUACGAGAGGGUUCUACAUGGAUUCGCGGCUGCUCUUCCCAGCAGUCUCUUCACUGGACAAGACGAUGCAUCGACACCUGAGGCAGACAGGCCAAAAGUGGAUUUUACCGACACAUUCCUUUUCAACGCCCAUGCGUCUUCCAUCCGCUGCCUUGCUCUGUCUCCUCUUUCAAAUGAGACAUCUAAAAUCACACUGGCCACAGGCAGCACCGACGAGCGCAUCAACCUGUAUUCCAUCUCAACAGCACCACCUGUCGCCUCCAAGCUCAGGCCAAAGCUGCCUUCUCUACAUGGUGGCUCCAUCACCGAGAACCCCAAGAACAAGGAACUCGGCUCAUUACUUCAUCAUUCAUCAAAUAUCACAGCCCUCUACUUCCCCACGAGGGCAAAGCUUCUAAGCUCCGCAGAAGACAGCACAAUCGCUAUCACAAGAACGCGCGAUUGGACCGCACUUUCAACCAUCAAAGCGCCGAUACCAAAACCUCAGGGCCGACCAAGCGGAGACACAGCCGGACCCGGCGAAGUGCCUUCUGGGAUCAAUGAUUUCGCCGUGCACCCCAGCAUGAAGCUUAUGCUCAGCGUAGGCAAGGGCGAAAAGUGUAUGCGGCUCUGGAACCUCGUAACGGGAAAGAAAGCCGGCGUGCUAAACUUUGACCGCAACAUCCUGGCUGCAGUAGGCGAAGGGCGCUUUGCGUCCGGCGAGGGUAGGAGGGUAAUCUGGGAUAAGGAAGGCGAAGAAUUUGCAGUGGGCUUUGAACGCGGUAUCGUUGUUUUCAACAUUGAAUCCAAGCCAAAAGCAAAGAUUGCGCCAACUCCGAGGACGAAGAUCCAUCAAAUGCACUACUUGCCGUCGGAGUCGCAUCAGGCCACGCUACUAGUGUCCACAGAAGAUGGCCGCGUACUUCUCUACGACACAGCCACCACAAUACCAACCGAAACAUCAGAAAAGAACAAGGACGAUGUGCCAGCUGCCAGAUUAGUCGCUCAAAUUGGUGGCCCAGCUGCAGGCAUGACCAAUCGUGUCAAGGACUUCGAAAUCGUAUCUCUCUCGCAAACAAGCUUCCUUAUCGUCACUGGUAGCAGCGACGGCACAGUGCGCUUUUGGUUCUUGAGUACGGAUGAACUGAAGAAUGACGAUGCGGGCAAGGCAAAGGGCUUCACUGCAGUUCAGGUUGGCAAACUGCUUGGGUCGUAUUCCACAGGCACCAGAAUCACAUGCUUGAAGGCUUUCUCCAUGACUGGCAAGCCUGAUGCAGAGGAGCAUGAGGAGGUCAUCGAGAAGGAUGGAAGUGCGUCAAGUAGUGAAGAUGACAGCGAGUAG